AGAUUUGUUAGUUUAAAUCGUAAACUAAAAGAUUCCCAUUAUUAACUGGAGCUUAAGUGGUUCAAUGUUCGGAUUAAAGUUCACGUUUUCUUUGGGCUGACAUUCCGUCAUUAAUGUUUAUCAGUGGGUAAACAUGAAUAAAGGUGUAGCUAUUGUGCAGAGUCGAACAGAAGGAGGCAGAUAAGUGGAUAAUAAUUCCAGAAAUACUGUGCGAUCAACGUCGAGGCUCGCAUUCGCUCGUUUCCAUUGUGCGCUCCGCUGCAUUGGUGAUUGGUGUUGUAUAAGUUAUGCUGAGGCAGUUCCGGAAUUGUCGCAUCCUGCGGAACCACGAAAUUGUUAGGGAUGAUAUAUGGGUACGAGAUGGUAAGGUUGUGGACCCGGAGAAGAUCUUCUUCGACGAGAAGAUCCAGGCCGACGUGCAGAUCGACUGCCAGGAUGCGAUCGUCGCGCCGGGAUUCAUCGAGUUGCAGAUAAACGGUGCCUUCGGUAUUGAUUUCUCCUACAAUUCCGAGGACAUCGAGAACGGUGUAAAUACGAUUGCCAAGGGCUUGUUGCAGCAUGGAGUCACGGCCUUUUGUCCCACUCUCGUCACGUCCCCGAAAUCCACGUACGCCAAAGUUAUGCCCAAGAUUAAGCGUCGGAAGGGCGACGAGAACGGCGCCACUAUUUUGGGUCUGCACAUAGAGGGGCCUUUUAUAAAUACUCAAAAGAAAGGAGCGCAUCCGCCGGAGUUUAUCAGGUCUUUCGAUGAGGGCUUCAAAAGUUUGCUGGACGUUUACGGUGAUUUAAGCGAUGUGUCCAUCAUCACUCUGGCUCCGGAACUGGAGAAUUCUCUGGAUGUUAUAAAGAAAUUGAAGAGCGAAAAUAUCGUGGUUUCAGUUGGUCAUUCCAUGGGUAAUUUGAAGGACGGAGAAGCGGCUGUUCGCAGCGGAGCAUCAUUCAUAACGCAUUUGUUUAACGCCAUGUUACCAUUUCAUCACAGAGAUCCCGGAUUGGUGGGUCUAUUGGCUUCGGAUAAUAUACCGGAAGGGAGAACAGUUUACUUUGGAAUCAUUGCCGAUGGAAUCCACACUCAUCCAGCGGCCUUAAGAAUAGCGUACAGAGCUCAUCCAGCGGGAUUGGUUCUGGUAACAGAUGCCAUUUCUGCUAUGGGUUUAGAGGAAGGUCAACACAACAUCGGCCAAUUUGCUGUUGAAAUUAGAGAUAGAAAGGCUUUUGUAGCUGGCACAGAAACACUCUGCGGUAGUAUAGCUACAAUGAACGAAUGCGUUCAAAUCCUGCACAAGGCUACAGGAUGUCCAAAAGAGUUUGCUUUGGAAGCGGCCAGUUUACAUCCGGCUUCCGUUUUGGGGAUUACUGAUAAAAAAGGAACGCUCAAUUUCGGAGCUGACGCUGAUUUUGUUUUUCUGAACGACGAUUUGGAUCUGAUCUCGACAUGGAUAGCCGGCAAAUGCGUUUACUCUCGCGUCUAGUUUUUUUUAAUCUCCAUAUAGUUUAUUCUAUAUUUACAUAUAUACAUAUUUCUACACAUUGCUCAUAUUUUCUGAUAUUGAAAAUAUAUACGCUGAUAUUACUUGUAAUUUUAUAUGAGGCGUGAAGCUAUUAUCA